CAAAGAAAUCAAACUCUCCAUUCUCUUAAUUUCGGUGUGAAAUGGCUUCAGCCCAAUGCAACAGGCCCGCCAAUGAGACCUGCCAGCAGAAAUGCCAAGGCAGUAGCUCACUGGGCCAGAAGAUGUCUGGAAUGGCCGGCUGGGCCAAGGGAACUCACAGCCAACAGGAGACUAAGCCGAGCUGCCAGGCCCCAGCCCAGGUCCAUUCCUGCCCGAACCAGGGAACGUGCAAAGCUCAGACUCACCAGGCGUGCCACACUGCGGCUAAACCUCAACCUCACUGCGGGGUUAACAAAGCUAGCGGCCCCCACCACACCCACACCCACAGGCAUGGCCACGGCCACGGCCACACCAAGCACCAGACCACUAACGGCGCCGCUUCGUGCCACUGCGCUGCCAACAAAACUAAUGGCCGUCACAACCACAACCACCUCACUAAUGGCGGUACCGCGGUGAAGUGCGAGCAGAAGGAGAGAAACCUUUUCAGGAGGAUUAAGGAUCGUAUUUCUGGCAAUAGUAGUUGCAGCGACAACAGCGAUAGCGAAAGUGACAAUGAGUGUUGCCACAAAAGAAAGAAUUGAAAAGAAGCAUCUGCGAGUGCUGAUGAAAUGCCAACGUCACCAACAGAAUGAAAGAGCAUGGAUCCAACUACAAUAAUAAGUAAAUAAAAUGUAACUGGAUCAAAUAAAUGCAAUAUAUAUAUAUACACUAUA